CAUGGCGCCAAAGGCAUUGCCGAGUAGAAAUGUUCCUACUGCAGUCAUGAAGAUGAUGGUGCCGAGGGUUGUAAAAUCCAAGGCAUCCAACACAGCGCCGGCCGCGAACACGGCGCUAUCCACUGCACUGGAGAUCGUGCCAUGCGAGUUUCCGGUGACGCUAAGCCUUAACCAGAGCGCCUCGUUGGGUGCAGAACUGGAUGCAUCGGAUGGCAAAACUCUGCUGGUGCGUACAGUCAGUGGUGGUGCCUUGGGUGAGUGGAAUCACUUACAUCCACUGCUAUCUAUCCAGCGGGGUGAUCGCAUUGUGGCAGUGAACCAUCGCAGUGCUGAUGCACAGGCGAUGCUCAUGGAGAUCCGGGUUGCAGGAGUCCUUCGAAUGCUUGUGAGGAGCUUUCGCAAGCAGUCUCUGCAGUCUCAGUCCCUUUUGAGUGGAGCUGGUACAUGGCCUUUGAAGCCCCUAGAAGAGUCCAAGAAGAGGCCUGAGACAGACUCCGGAGAUUUGUACGCCGGGAUGCCAGCGCCAGAUCCAGAGAAAAAAGUCACACCUUCCAAGGAUAUCUUUGCUGAUCCACCAGCCAAAGAGGAUUUAUCCUUGGCAAUCUUCCUGGACAUCGAUGGAGUUCUUCGAAAGUUGGAGAGCGUUCCAAUGAUUACUGUGAAUGGGGGCACCUUGCCUCUUGAUUUGGGCAAUCGUGCGCUGUUACCUGAAGCACUGCGAGCUCUCAAGUACUUGAUACACCUUACGGGCGCGAGUCUCGUGGUGUCAUCGGAAUGGCGAAGAAGUUCGUCACUGCUCGAAGAGGCACAAACCGCGCUCAGAGCACUGGGCAUGCGCGUGAGAGGAGUUACCCCUGUUUUGCGCCCACGAGAGGAUCUCUUUGUUGGUACAAAGCUCGAUCCGGACAAGCAGGCCACACUGCGGCUUCGGUGGGCGGAGCGACGUGCCCGUGAAAUCACCGCCUGGCUGCAAGAGCACAGGGAGGUUCGCCACUGGAUCGCUCUUGAUGAUUUGGAUUUGACCAUUGCUGAUGAAGCAGCGAUUCGGAGUGCUGAUACGCUCAAGAUGGGCCCCUUUCUUGUUUUAGUGGAUCCAGAAGUGGGGCUAACCAUGAGUCAUGCAAGGCAAUCUUCUGAAUGGCUGCUGGCCAAAAAGGAGAGGCCGCGCAAGAUGGCCCGAACAUGAGUUUGAUAGGGACAUGCAGUGACAUGCAGCAUGCAAACACGACCCGGAC